AUGGUUAUCAUGAUUUUAUCUGACUUAUUCAACACGUCAUUCUUACUGUUCCUUCACUUCCCUUACCUUUCUACAUUCGACAUCUAUAAUACAGAUAUGAGCUUGCACGAAGACGACAAGACGAUGGCCGAGGUCGACCGCAUCGCAGUCGCUCCUAAUACCCCGGACCAAGUUCCCAACCUGAUCUCGCUGAUCAACAGCUUUGGCCUAGCAUUUACUUUGAGGCAAUCCGGUGCUCGGCUGAAACUCGUGGAUGCUGCGGAAUCGUUGCUAGCUGCGGUCGAAACCCCACGAGAGACGAUAUGGCGGUACUUCCUACGAAGUUCUACCGGAUGGGCCGCCAUCGAGACAGGAAUUGACCUGGGCAUCUUUCGCCUGCUGGCUGAAGCUGGCCAGCCCAAGUCCGUCCAGGAACUGGUAAGCGCCACCGGGGCCGACCUCGUCCUGAUUCAGCGCAUUAUGAGACAUCUGGGAGCCAUCAAUGUCGUUAUUGAGACGAAAAACGGCGAGUAUACUACCAAUGGCUUUUCUUUCACGCUCGCCCAUACCAAGUAUUCCGACUCCUUCCCGGCAGCGUCAGUUGUUUCUACAGUCCUUCCAAUCUGUACUGUAUCUGAUGAAAACAACAGUAUGGGAUCCAUGUACUCUCCCAACCUCACCAUUCCCAAGUUCCUUCGCCAAAACAACUAUCAAACUCCCACCGACGGUCGCCAUUGUCCCCUUCAAAUGGCCUUUAACACUACAGAUACAUUUUUCGAACAUCUUGCCCACAAUCCUGCCCUCAACACGCAGUUCAACAAUCUUAUGUCGGUAUACCAUCAAGGCCACGCUAGCUGGAUGGAUCCGGGUUUCUACCCGGUUGAUCGACUACUGCACCAGUUUUCGACAGGCAAUAAUGACGUGUUGCUAGUUGAUAUUGGUGGUGGGAAAGGUCAUGAUCUGAAUGAACUCUGCACCAAGUGGCCAAACCUUCCAGGAAGAUUAAUUCUGCAGGACCAGCCUGCGGUUCUGGCUGAGGCUGUCGGCUUGCAUUCCUCGAUCGAGUGCAUGGCACAUGACUUUUUCACGGAGCAGCCAGUCAAAGGUGCUCGUGCCUACUUCCUCCACUCCAUCCUUCACGAUUGGCCGGACGAGCCUUGCCAUCGAAUCCUCGACCGGCUCAAACCUGCCAUGAUCCCCGGAAUUAGCCGGCUCCUCAUAAAUGAGUAUGUUGUGGCUGAGCAGGGGGCACACUGGCAGACGACAUCGCUCGACAUGACCUUAAUGGCGGCCUUUGCGGGGAUGGAGCGAACGGAAUCUCAGUGGCGGCGGCUAUUGGGGAAGGCGGGAUAUUGCAUUCUGAACAUCUGGACGGUGGAUCGGAAUGUUCGUCAAGUGAAAGAGGGCCAGACCAUGGUGGCUGUAGUAGAGAUCGGCAAGGAAGGCGGUAUUCCACUAUCCUCUAUUCGGUAA